AUGACGGAUACGGCUGCCUUGGACGUGGAAAAAAAUCUUGACAUACCUGUGGAGGAAGCGGAUUUGGAAGAUUUAUAUAGCGCCUUGACGGCGCCCGUUGAAAACGCAAUCCCGGAAGGACCAGGCGCUGCGAUUCGCACAAAGCUGGACCCCGAAUACCUUCAUAAGCUUCGUAUGUCUUUUCUGGAUGCUACCGCAAAGAAGCAACGAGAUCUACAGGAAAUGGAGAGCACCGCGGCAGAGCGAUUAGAGAAUGAGAGCGGAGUCGUGCUGCAUACCAUUUCGCAGAUUAUUCAUGUGAACGCCGUGUCAGAACGACCUGAAGAAGCUCAGGUCGCAUUCGAUCUGAUUACCCAAAAUGGAUUAAAACCUGACCUGGUCGCGUACAAUCACCUGAUGGAUGCAUAUUGUAGAGUCGGAAACUUGAAGAAGGUUGUCGAGGUUUUCAAGUCCAUAGAGGCCGCGAAACUGGUUCCGGACGUUGUCUCGCACGGAAUCCUCAUCCACGCAUGUGUCCUCAGGAAGGACGUCGAUGGAGCUUUCCGAAUGUACGGACGUAUGAAAGCGAAGGGUGUGCAACCGACACAGCACAUUUACACAUCAUUAAUCAAGGGUUGCCUGCGCGGAAACGAUGUUAGCAGGGCAUGGAAAACAUUCGACCACAUGCGCUCAACGGCUUUUGUGCCAGACAACGUCACAUAUUCUCUGAUGAUCCACGCUUGUUCCAAAACGAAAGACGCGGAACGGGCCUUGGGGCUUUUCGAAGAAAUGGCGCAAAAGAACCUUGCGCCAACGAAUGUGACGUUCACAGCUCUGAUUCAGGCUUGCGCGUCCCGGAGCGAUUACUACAACGACGCCUUCGCUCUUCUGGGCCAAAUGGCUGCCGAGGGGUUCUUGCCAAAUCUUCACACGUACAACGUGCUGUUGCAGGCAGCGGCUCUGCAGGGAGACAUCGUUCGUGCGCGGAUGAUUUGGAACGAUUUGAGGGACAGGGUGGAAGCGGCUGGGAGUCAGGGGUCAGAUCUUACGCCGACGGCGUCGACAUUCUAUCAUAUGUUCGAGGCGUAUGCUCACGCGAUUCGAUUGGCACGAAGGACGAAGAGGAGUCCUGGGCCUAAGGCACCGAAGUCUGACGAUUCAUCACCGAGUCCCUCUACAACGUCCUUUCUGCCAAACGAGAGCGAUACUUCCGUAGCUGCCGAAAGCGCGCAACCGGAGGAGGGGAACGCCAUGCCGAAAUUGAGUUCUACUGAAACUGGCCCAGCAGUUCUGUUAGCAGAGGCAGAGACGCUCUGGACGUAUUUGACGAAACUUCAGGCGAACGCUCGGCUAGUGAAUGCGUAUCUCGAAAUAGCUUGCAGUAACCCCACCAGCACAAAAAGCAUCGACCGGGCCCUCGCCAUCUACAAAUCCGCAUAUAAAGAGUUUGCAAUCGGCGAGCCGAACGGGUAUGCGCGAGGAAUUAUACUGAAGGCCAUCACGCGCAACAAGGAAUCUAUGCGCAGUUACGGUCUGGAAACGUGGAACGAGCUGCGGGAGUGGGACACGAAGCGGGAAGUGGAAAUGACCCGCGGGGCUGAAGAGCGAGGGGAGGGGCGGUUACGGGAAGCGGAGAAGGAGAGGAUCAGGAUGGUGGAGGGAAGGGGGAGAAAACAUAUGCUUGCGAAUUUCAUUCGGGUGGUCAAUGGCCUUACAAGAAUCAACGACAUCCCCGCCGCCCUCGACACUCUUAAAGAGGCCCAAACCUACCGCUACCUCGGCUACCUCCCCGCCAUCCACUUUUCCGACGUAUGGUCCCUCUUCGAGAACGUCCGCUCACAAGCCGAGGACGGUAAACUCGCCCCCGCCAAACAGAUGCUUUCCCUCUGCCCUCCCCCACACGCCAGCACAUCCUCCUCAUCCCCAAGCCACGUCUCCGCCGCGAUGGAAGAAGUCCGCCGCAUGCUCGGGAUGAAACAUGUCGGAGGCGGAUGGUGGGGCUGGGAAGCGAUUGGGAUCGAGGCGGAUGUGAAGCAUCAGAAACGCGCGGGAGCGAGCUCGAGAAAUAGGGAGAAAUUGCAGGGUACGAGAAAGGCUGUGAGGAGGGAGUUGAAGGGAGGGCCGGUGCCGAGGGCGGGUAAUUGGAAGGGUAGGGAUGGGUCGGCUGGGUCUGGAUCGUCGACUCCUUCGGAUUCCAGUCGAUGAUUUGGGAUAACAGGACAGCUCUGCUUGUCUGUGAUUUUGCGGCGUCAUCUCGGUUCUCCUAUUAGGUUUAGAUGCGACCAUUCCCUGACGAGGUCCCUAGUCAUUGGAACACUCGCGGAACUCGUUUGAUCACCUCGAUCUCGGCGACCUGGCGUUUUGGGACUUGGGUGCAGCUAGCACGCGGUCGGAUAGAUAAAUUCAGAUAGAGCAUUUGAUUAGACAAGUCCACGACGUCCCAGCACAAUGGUUUCUGUGAAUGUUGGAGGUCGUUGAGGAAUCUUUGUAUACUUUCAUCAACCCUGCAAGUCUUCUGUUUGGUC